UCUGAGAGAACUGAGAAGAGUUGAAAUGGAGAAUACGAAUUCAGCCCCGACAGGUUGCUACAAAUGUGGACGAACAGGCCACUGGUCAAGUGACUGCCCCGACACCCCCAAAUCCGACCGCCCCAAUGUCAAUCCCAAUCCGGGAAGAGUCGCAACGGAGAAGACGAAUUCAGCCGCAACAGGUUGCUACAAGUGCGGACGACCAGGCCACUGGUCACGUGACUGCCCGGACGCCCCCAAAUCCGAUCAACCCAAUCUCAAGGAUUCCUCCACCGGCGCCAACUUCACUCCAGAACAGCUUCCUAGACCCGAAAAGCCCAAGAAAGUAUCCAAUAGCAGGAUCCGACCCAAGCUCACUCCGGAACUUCUCCUCUCCGAUGAUGGUUUCGGCUACAUCCUUCGCCACUUCCCUCGCGUCUUUAAAUACCACGGUCGCGGUCACGAGGUGAGUGAUUUGGGAAAAUUAAUUGGGUUAUACAGAGAAUGGCACAGACAUUUGCUCCCCUAUUACUCUUUCGAACAGUUUGUACAUAAAACCGACAAAGUUGCUUCUUCCAAACGAGUUAAGAAUUGUAUUAGGGAAUUAAGAGAGCGAGUUGCUAGAGGAGGGGAUCCUACAAAAUUGCAUGAAAGUCCAGAUGAAAAUAAUGGUCCCAGUGAUGAGCAAGGGGCCAGACAUUCUGAGGGGCAAACUCAUGAUCAGUUUGAGGGAGAUCAUUAUGAUGAUAUUGAGGAAAAUAUGCUUAAUGAGAUAUACCAGAAAGCUACUGACGAACCAUCUCAUGACAUACACACUGAAAUGGUUGCUGCCGAAGUAGUUGCAGCCAGUAGCUCUGGGCCAGAACAUCAAGUGCCAAAUAAUGGAGCUGGCUGCUCCAGUGAAGUUCAUAUCACAGACGAACAGAGAGCUUGGAUGGAAGCUAACAAGUUCAAGGCACUACAACGAGUUGCUGCUGGAGCUGGCUCCUCUAGUGAAACUCAAAUCACGGAAGAGCAGCGUGCUCGAAUGGAAGCUAAUAGGAUGAAAGCACUGGAAAGAGCAGCAGCUCGGGCUCGCUCAUUGCAGUCAGCUUGACCGUCAACUCUCAAUUGUGUUCAUAUUACUAUCGCCUCUCUCCUACUGUUUGCAGUGAACUGCCGACUAUGAACAUUACCAACUGCCGUCAAUUGUGGUGUUGUACUUUCCCCAACCUUACACUCGCUGUUUUCACAUAAGGGCCAAUGUCAUAACGGCGUGAAUUUGCGCUUGUCAGUUUAAGAAUCUUCCCGUUGAAGUAGAAAAUGGCUUUCUUCCAA